AUGGGAGCUAAUUGUUCAAAUUGUAAUUAAUGUUAAAAAGAUAAAAUGGAAUUAAAUAACGAAGUAGAAGUGACUAAAAAGUCAGAAAGUCAUAAAGUAUCAUCCUUUUCACAAUAAUCAUCGAACAGUUUAAUCGAUGGUGUAAUUAAAUUGAAAUUUAUUGAAAGAAUGAUUUAAAGUAGACAAAGUGCACUCCUAAAGAAUAAAAGAACACAAAGUUUUCGGUAUUCUCAGAUGAUCAAGAGAAAGAAAAAAAUAAACAGAAUAAACUAAAUGAUAAGGCAAUUGUGAUAUAGAAAAAUUGGAAAGCUCAUAAAGCUAGAGAAAGUUAUAAAGAAGUCAAAAAAUCAUUAUCAGAGUCAUAAAAAGCAAAUGAAAAGCAAUAAUAAUAAUAAUAAUAAUAAAAUGAUUAAGCUACAGUAGCCAGUAAGGAUAAAAAGAAAUACUUUAACUCAUUAGAAUUUGGAAGUAUUAUUAGAAAUUAUUAAAAUAAUAGUGAAUAAUACGAAUAAUGUUUAAUCUAGGGAGAAACGACCACUUUUUGUAUUUAAAAGUGGUGCCACUUAUGAAGGAGAAUGGGUGGGAAAUAAAAGAGAUGGAAAAGGUGUUUAAAUUUGGCCUGAUGGAGCUAGAUAUGAUGGAGAAUGGNGGAAUUAUAGGUUUAAUUUAUUGUACAGAUAUUGGAUUUUAUUUAAUAAGUUUUGUUGA